UUUUAUAAAUACUGCAGACACUCGAAGACUGCAGCGAACACCGGAGUCGCUGUAAAAUCACAAUUCCCGACGGACAUAGUUUCGGGCUCGUAACACGUUCGCGUCUAACGUUUCCCGAGCUCGACCGACGAGAGCUUCUCGGCCUCGUUUGUCCGUCGAAAUCGCGAUCCGACGGAUCCAAGUGUCUCUCGAUGGGCUGGUGACAUUUCCGUGGAUUAAUCGUGGCCCGGGAAUUCUUGGAACGAAGUGCCCCGACAGGAGUGCCCGUGUGAGUGAACGAAAGUUCGAGGUGACUCUUGGGAAUCGUGUCGGCCCCCGCGGAAAGUGAUAACCAAGUGAUCACGAUGCUGUGAUAACGAACGAUAAAGUGAUACUCGUAGAUCAUACUGCGCGAGGGUACCGAUUUCUGGAGAAACGAAGUAUACGUAUAAUCUUUUCAUUUUUCUUUUGUUGGAGUACUUAAAACGUUUCAACGCCGAGCGAAGAAUCGAGUCUGACCGAUCUGGACAUUGGGAGUUCUGGGUAAGAAUCGAUGACUGGGUCUGAUCGCUGCAAUCACGCGAAAUCCCAACGAAAUCGACGAGCGCUCACCGCGAAAUGACAGAAUGUGAGCACCGCGAUCGCUGCGUCAACCACACCCCGACUUUUGGCUUUCAUUCGAGCACGCGGCCCACGAUCGACGACCGUCCGUCAGAAUGAGCUUAAUGAAGAAGGCCAUCGGCGGCUCCAUUCACAGGAUACGAGAGUUCGAGCUCGAGAAGGUGAAUUUGCUCGAUGAAUUCGAUAUUCUGCAAAUCGUGGGUGAAGGAUGGUUUGGCAAGAUCCUGCUGACCGAGCACCGCAGCACCCAGACCGAAAUGGUGCUGAAGGCGUUGCCAAAGGCAUAUACAGGCAUCACGGAUUUCUUUCGUGAGUUCCAUUACGGGCUGCACCUGGCAGCCCACAGGAACAUCAUCACCACCUACGAUGUGGCCUUCGAGACCGCAGGGUUCUACGUAUUCAGCCAGGAGUACGCUCCUUUAGGAGACCUGACAUCCAACGUGACGGAGACAGGUCUGGGCGAGCUACACGCGAAGAGGGUAGCCAGACAAUUGGCCGCAGCGGUGCAUCACAUACAUAGCCGCGACCUGGUGCAUCGCGACAUCAAGCUCGACAACAUCCUCGUGUUUCGUAGCGACUUCUCGCGGAUCAAGCUAUGCGACUUCGGCGAGACCAGGCGGGCGAACACCGUCGUGCGACGACACAACGAGUGGCUACCUUACUCGCCGCCCGAGGUAUUGCAGAUCGACACUGACGAGACGUACAAAGCUCUCACGUCGCACGACGUCUGGCAAUUCGGCAUUGUCCUAUUUGUCUGUCUGACCGGAUGCCUGCCGUGGCAGAAGGCGGCGUUGGACGACCCGCGAUACACCAGAUAUCAGAACUGGCACAACGCAACGCUGAACAUAGCCAAGAAGCCGAAAUUAUUUCAGCUGAUCAGCUCGCGGGCGCAGAGAAUGUUCAAGCGACUGUUGGAUCCUAAGGCGGAGAAGAGGCCCGUCAGCGUCUUGGAAGCGAACAAAUACCUCGAGGACAGGUGGCUGGCCAAGCUAGGCGCGGAGAAGGCCUUGAACGGUGGGGCCGACGAGAGGGACGAACUUUGCCCCUCGAUGUACAGCUUCCACAGCUCUCUCGAGGAGAAGAACCAACUUCUUCACACCCUGACCACGUACGGGAUCGAGACGACGGUAGAUCGAGCGAAGAAGAAGGAUCGAAUCAGAGAAUGGAUCCAAGCGAGCACCAUAGCCGAGGAAUACGAAGAGGACGAGUCGGAUCUAAACGAGGACGUAAGAUUCCUCGAGGAAGAGGACGAGGAACCGUCCACCAUGAAAGGCAGACACUUCCCAGAGACACGACCCGUCGUCAAACCUACGGACACGAAACGUCAGAAGCAUAGAACGCACACAUCCACGGCAAGAAAGAGACAAUCCAUCAAACCCACCGAAAGAAAGAUCCCCUUUGCGCCACAAGUCGCAGAGGAGCGCAAAACUAUAGCUCGAUUCGCGAGCUUCCCCAAUGGCGACCCCAAUCUGGCCAUCACGAACGGAACCAACGGCCUGGUGCCCCCCUUGAGCAAUACGAUUCCCUCCACGGAAGAGACCACAUCGAUCGUCAGCCGAAACGGCCAGGUCAAUAGUUCGCCGUUGAACGGUCUGAACGGUCCUCGAGACGACCCGUCAUUCCCCACAACCAGCGGUGGCUUCAGCCCUAAUUUAUCCAACGCCGAGGAAACUCCCGGCAACUCUGAUCUCCAAGAUCGAGUCGUCCCGCAGGGAGGCGUCGCGGCUGAUCGAAGUUUGCCCAGAAGUCCCCAGAUCCCUGCCAGAAAGCAUCGUUCCCAAACUGCCCCCUUCCCAGCGCCCACGUCGCCUGUCUUGAACGGAAGUCGUGCAGACGCCGCGAAGAGAAGUCUCUCCACCACGGUGCUGCCGACCACACCGACGGAGAGGUCGGUUUCGUUGCAAGACAGGUCGCUGGCGGUAUUACCGAUUCAGGCGAACGGCCAAUCGACUUCGCCGCUGGCUCGGGGCGAAAGGUCGAAUCGAUCCGUAGGCCAAUCAAUGUCUCGAGUAGAGAAUCAAUCCGUUGUAAUGGUGCCUGCGGCGGCGGUGACGGCACGAGUGGAAAAUCAAUCGAGUAACGCUUUGUCAGUUGCCCGAAAUGAGAAAUCCGCGGCUGGUCAGGUUCCCCUUGCACCAGCGAAUCCAUUGACGAUGUCCGUCGCUUCGCAUCUCGUCAUGCAAAGCUUCAACGCCUUACAGAGUCUCAACACGGAUGGGAACAACGCUGGGACAGGUCAAACAACGAAUGCAACCGCCACGCCGAAGAACAGUCCGACUUCUACCCCUGCUAAUGCUCCCAGUCCGAAGAACAGCCCUACCGUAACUCCUACGAGGACGUCUACUCCUCCCAGGCCCAGGAUCAAUCAUAGAGUCGAGGAGAAUUUUGGGUAUGGCAAGGAUCCGUUCGAGCACUACGGUAUCGUGCAGGGCGUCAUCACGAAGACCGAACGUGCCCGUCGAGGAUCGCUGGAGAGCCCCAGCAGGUCUGUCAGCAAUUGAGGAGCGGUGUUCUAGAUCAUUUCAGACACUGCUAGAGGUGAUGUCUAACAACAUGACACAUGUGUACGCGCACUCGAUGGAAGCGAUUCUUCCACUACGAUGGAAUAUUUACGAUACCUUUCUGCAUACUGGACGACCAUUCGAUCGUCAUUCUAGGAACGAAUGUACGACUGAAAAAUUACCUAAUCGAACAAAAUGGCUGAUACGAAGCAACGAGACCCGACGUCACCUACUUGCUGAAAAUACUUUCGUUUCGUCAAUCGACGUAUAAACGCGCCAUUUCUAAGACAAAUUUCACGGAUUGCAUAGCACUGUUAAAAAAGGAGAGCAGGAAUACCUUCGUCUACGUCAAAGUUGCAACGAUUUUACGUAAACAAACCGAAGAAUCUAUAUGCGAAAACUGAACGAAUCUGUCCUGCACGAACGACGAAAUGCUCCUCGAACAAGGCAGCCGUACGACUUUGUAGCAGAAAGUUUGUAUUAAACGGUACGAGACAACUGUACCGUUUAGAAUUAUCCGUUCGUUGGACACGAGCCACGACCAAGUCGGCUAUAGUGAUUCUUUUGUUCCUUCGUACGUUACAUCGUGUAGGUGGCAGAUCUGGGCACGUUUGAAAUAGUGUUGUAUGUUUGUACAAACAUAGAGGGUGUCCAACACUUUGCUACCGUAUCCUAUGACCAACGAAAGAACGAAAAUAUUGUACACUUCCAUGAGAAAUUAUUAACUUCCUAAUUGCUUCUUUCUAAGUGACAAAUAAAUUUUUAAAUUGGCAAACGAAAAUUUAUGUACAUGGUUCUUCUAUUAUAACCUUGUUACGCGAACGCUCGUUUCAUAUAUUCGAUAUUUUCGACAACCAAGUACCCGAACUACCGUGAAUAAUUUAUUUAAAGUAUUCAUUAUUUCGGACAGUUGUUCCCCAUUUUGAUUUCGAAUAAAAUUUGCCCAGGUCUGAUAGCGGUGCAUAGUACACUCGCUGCUGAAUAAUUUAUGAAUCACAGCCGCUUGUGUAGCCAAUAACAGGGUGUCGACGAAUCAUUGGAAAAAAGAAAGGAAAGGAACUAUUUACAUAUCCGUGAUGGUCGAUCAGUGGCAAGCGGAGGGAAUUGGCACGGAACAGGCGAAGACGCCUACACGUUCACGUUUCCUCCGCGACAUCGUCAUCGUUCCUUUCGAUCGCAGGAUGAUCGAGCGCUCCCGAUUCCUCGAGACCCAUGGACGAUUUAAUUGACCGAUCGCCGUAAUCGAUUAGAGCGUCCUACGGGCGGUAUUAGCGUAAUUGAAAUGUAAACAUUACGGUGCACACCCGUGAGAGGUUCCCGUUCCACGUGUGUAGUCCAAGGUGUGGCCAAGCGGAAUGUGACCGUGAAUUAAAUUGAUUGUGAUACUAUAAGAUCCUUAAAACGAGGAAUGAUUAUACGUCGAACGACUUUGUAGUACAAAGUUUACGUAGCGAAUCCUGUCUAAGAGGCGCUAGGGUCUCUUGGACUUCGAGGAGUUUGGAAUAGAAUCUCUCUUAUCCCCCAUGGAAGAUUGCUCGUCGUUAUCUUUUGAAGAGAUCGAGAUAAUGCGACCUUUAGAGAGGGAAGGUGUCCUAGAUUGAAAAGUUUUACACCGAAGUUGAGAAACUUGAUGAUUAUCUUGUAUUCCACAAAUAGACAAAGAUAAAAUUGCAUGCAGUACAUGAUACUGCAAAUGAUAAGAAAGGUUUCACGUAAACGUCUGAUUUUAUGUCCGAGUUACUAUUGUGUCUGUAAAUAAGUAGCAACUAGUUGCAAGCUUUAAACAAGCGUCUUGAGUAUUCGUGUAAUUGUAUAACGAACAAAACAUAAAAUUAAAAUUGUAAACAUACGAGGGAAAUAAUGGGAGCAAAGAAAUAAUAUUGUGCAAGGAAGAAAGUAGAAACUACAAUAGCGCUGAAAGUAGAUAAGGAAUAUGAAUUAUUGUUUUUAUGCUGUAUAGUCUGAUUAAAGUCAUAUGGCCGUUUCUUAAGGUUA